AUGGAGGAGUUCUGCGCCCUCGAGGAGUCCUGGUGGACGCCUUCGCCUCCAGGAGCUCCGUUGCCAUGGGAGGAGCUGCAGCUAUUGCUGAACUUUGUGUGCUCCACUGACGCAACACAAGCAACAACCUCAUCGAUCACCUCAUCAGCAGCACCAGAAGCAGCCGCCUCCGCCGUGUCUGCAGGAGGGGAGCAGAUAUCUGAACCCCCAAACACAAAAGGCCCUCCAGAGCAAGUAACAAAAUUGCUGAAUUUGCUGAUUGAAAAUGCGUUGGCGGCGGCGACAGCAGCAGCGACAAACACUCCAGGGCCUCUAGAGUAUACGAGCAAUGGCGAAUCGUUCGACGAGGAGUGGGUGCGGAGUCUGUGGAUAGCCCACUUUAGGCAGUAUCUAGAACGCACGUACCGCGCACUUGCAUCGCGGUGUUUUGCUGCAGGAAGUGGCUUCGCUUGUGACUUGCACAUCGUGCAGCAGCUUGAAGAUCAGCAGGCUUUUGUUGCUUGCCUGGUACAGGCAGCAGAAAGCCUCACCAAACAUCGGAAAACAGAUAAUGCAGCACCAGCAGCAGCACUGUCGUUGGCAGCAGCAGCGCCGGCACCAGCAACGGCCGCAACAACAGCAACAAGACAACAGAGAAUGAUAUCACCUGAAGGAGAGAAGGAACGUAAUGGAGGGGGGUUAUUGACGCCUCAUGCUGUUGCAGUCGCUUCGAUGUACGCCAAGCUGUCCUGCUUGUGGCUUAAUCAGCUAAUGCAGCAGCAGCUCCUGCUGCUGCUGGAGCACCGGCAGCCCAGCGGAAUGGAGGGGAAGCUGCAGCGUAUCUUCAGGAUGCUUCAACGGGUCCUUAUUAUUCUUUCUCCCUUCACUGCUGACACAAACAGCAACGGCAACAAAGGCACCGACAUCGGUGACAGCAACACCAGCAUCUGCAGCAGCAGCGACAGCAAAGGUGGUCACAAAAAAACAGCUACCUGUUCAUCAGCACUGGUUUGUACGUGCUGGAGGGCGUCUCCUCAGAGGUCGACGCAAGAGCCUUCAGACGAGCAGCAGCAAGUCACUCCCGCCUCAUCUGUGGCCCUGUGCUUUGCCCGCCGUUUCCUUAGGGGCCUUUCCUCCGCAAUUUUGAGAGGUGUUCCAAAAGACUUUUCCACCCCUUGCGCUUCUGCUCUCCCUGCUGCUCCUGUCCCUACUCCGCAAAACAGAGUGGACCUCCUGAGACUGUUUUCUGCGUUCACGGCAACGGAAACCCCUCGCGACGCGCUAUUGGACUCUAUUAGACAGCAGGCGCACAAGCAGCACCAGAUGCUUCUGCAGCUAGACGUCUGGCUACUGGAGGAACCGAUGCGGCUUUGCGUCAUCACUUUGUUGCACUCUCUUCCAGGCAGCUCCCCAGCAGCAGCAGCGGCAGCAGAAGGUCUUAGUUGGGGCAUUUCUUCUCUUGGCCCCCAUUUUUGGAGUCUUCCAUGCUUGCAGCAUCUGCUCUUUGGCUACCCUGUGCAGCAUGUGCCAGCGCAGAAGCAGCAGCAGCAACCGCAUCAACAGGGGCAGUACAAGAUCUUCUCACGCUUGCUGGAGCUACUCCAGCAAGAAGAGGACGUAUCGGCUAUGACUCCUAUGGCGUCCUUGUUUGUUCAACUGCUCCUAGACAGCUACUUCUGGACGGAAGGGCCCCAUGAAGCGUCGGGGCAGCCUACUGAGUUGCCACACUGCUGUAGGGUGCUGUUGAUUCGCCCUGUACUCAUACUACUAACUGAACAGGGCAAGGAGUCACGAGAGGCUGCACUGCACUUGUUGCAGCUCGUGCAGCCCGCAUCAACUGCAGCAGUUGUUGCAGCCGAAGCGGAGCCACUAUGGAAAGCCUUUUUCCGCCUCAGACCACUCGCCAAGACAGCCCUUCUGCGCUCUCUGCUCCUGCUGCAGCACGAACCAGGGGUCAGGGGGAACAGCAAUGUCUCGGACCAGAAGAAACAGGCUGGUGGAAAACAAUCUGCUUGCUGCUGCGCACACACGUCACUGGAGGAGCAGGAGGAACUGCUUGAGCUGCAGCUGCGCUGCAUUGCUGCCGUGACGGAGGCAAAGCAGGAGCUGGAUGAAGACUGCAGGCUGCUGUUGCUGCAGCUGUGGCUACAACAGGCUCCCCAAGCCCCGCUGCUGCAGCUACUGAAGCAGCAGCAACAGCACACACUUGAAUUUGUGGCAGGCGAAGCUCUGACCAGUUGGCCGCACCACCGACGGAGUGUGCAGGCUGCUGCUCGGUCGGUUUGGGCAUUGUUACAACAACGCUGCUCCGACGGGGUUGCUGCAGCACCAGGUUCAACAACUAGCAGCAGCAACAAUAGCGGCAGAACCAGCAAUUCAGAUCUACUGGUAACCCUUUGCAAGCGCGUAUUCUGUCUACCCACAGCUUGCAGGAAGACUUUGUAUCAGGCGCUCUCUUCUCUGGUACACGCGUUGGGAGCUGCUCGCGUGCUGCAGGUGCAGCCCUACCUGCUAGAACAUCUACUGUCGCAGUUGUACAACAGGUCGCUGCGUUCGGCUGCCAUGCUAGCCCUGCGCGCCCUGUGUGAAGAUCUCAGCAAAGAAGACCGACAACGGCAACAGCAGCAGAAGCAAAAGCAAAAAGGAAACGAUAGCAGCCAUUGCACCCAACACGGACGCAUGGAGCAGCGUUCGUAUGCCCCGUCCCCAAGCCUUCGGAAGUUCUUGAUGAAGCCGCUACAAAACGCAUUGACUGCAAGCAGGAGAGACAGCUGCUGCAAUCAAAUAGGCCUGCAACAGAGGCAACAGCAAGAGGAACAGCAGCAGCAAGGACCUCGAGAUUACCCGUUUUUGCUGCCCGUUUACCUGCCAGGAGCAGCAGAUGCAUCUCCUGGGGAGGCCCUUGACGAGACGAUGCUGCCGCUGCUGCUGCGGCUGGACCCUUCUGCAGCGGCUCCGCUGCUGCUGUGUCUCCGUGAGCGGCUCCCUCUGGAGGUGGUCGAAGCCGUUGCAGAAAAGAGUAUAUCGGAUGCAACAGCAGGAGCAGAGGCACAUAUGUCAGCGCCAGUGGCGGGAACGACGACAGCAACAGCAACAACAACAGCUGCAACACAAGCAGCAGCAGGGACGCACUUAAAUGGCGUUGCGUUGGCCUGCAAUCAGGCUUCCUUCGAUGGCCUUGGGAGGCCUUGGAGCCCUAGUGAGGCGGCUUUGCUGGCGGCAGCGAGGGCUGUGGGACUUGCUACAUGGGAAAACGCACGAUGGCUUCAGAACACUAGCUCUUCCUGCUGCAGGAAACCCAGGAACACCGUUUGCAGCGACAGCAACAGUUCCUGCUGCAGCUUCCGCGGCUGCAGGAUUUGUGGGUGUAAAGAUUACUGCAGCGCUACAGACGCCCUGGUAGUCCGCGGCUGCAGCAGCACAGCUGCGCCCGUUUGCUAUCGGGUCUCUGCUGAGCGGCUGCGCCAAGGGCUAAUCAGCGGACACCGACGACAGCGCAUGCGGUUGCUAGAAGCACUAACUCUACAUGCGCAGUCGACAGCAGCACCCACGUGCCAGGAGCUGCAGCUGCUGCUGUUUGUUGCAGGGCAGCAGCUCAGACUGGGAUCGGCAUCAGAACGAUCCCAGUUUGUUGCUGCUUUUGACAGGGUGCUCCUCAGGGCCCGCAACGCUUUUAGGCUCAGACUGGUAGCAAUUGCAGAUGCCACUAUUGAGGCUCUUGCGCGCAGCGGCUGCUGCUGCUGCAGACCCCAGCAGCAGCAGGAGUCAGACACCCUCCCUUCGAGAUGCUUUCCGCUCCAAAAGCAAGACCAACAACAGCAGCAAGAGCACGGGCUUGCGUGUGGCGGUGCUUUUGGGUGCUUUCUGCUGUUCCUACAGCGGCUGCAUCGCCGCUGUCUUCUCUCCUGCUAUCCGGGGGCGCCCCCCGAUCGAGUGUUGGUUUGCUUGUCGUUGCUGCGAUCUCUUCAUUUUCUGUGGGGCAGGGGAGUGUUCCCGGAGCAACAUAGAAAAAGGUCAACGGCUCUACAAGCAGCUGCUGCUCUGAGCAACAAUCCCUCCAGUACUAACAGCAACAGCCCCAACACCAACACAGGAUGCAACCAACAGUGGGCCCUCGAGGCAGUACCCACAGCAGUGGGCUGUGGUAUUGGGGCCGCUUUGGGCUGGGAAUCUACAACAGUGCGACAACAGCUGUUGGCAAUGUUGCCGGUAGUUAACGGCCCAGCGCCGCGCGGCCUUUUGCUGGAUUUGCUGCAGCUGCUGCCACCGGACGGUUAUUCUCUUGCUGCCGUCAUUCCACAGGCGCAGCAGACACACCAACAGCAGAAGCACAUCCAGACAUGCCGGCAGCAGCGAAAGGCGCAGCGGCAACAACAAAAUGUGCAGAUGCAUUUGCGGGCACCGCAUGGGAUGGAGCCACGGAAACAGGAGCAGGCCGAGGAUCCGCACCAGAAGCUGCAACACUUUCUUGUAUUGAACCUGAUGGAGGACACUCGCAGGCGUGUUUACGGUGCUGUUGAGAUGGCUGUUUCUCUUAGGCAAGAUUAUUGUGCUGCGGGGACCCUGUACUUGCAGUUAAUGCUCCAGCAGGUAUUCAUGGGCCCGGCGGAGGCAGCCGCUGCUACCGCUGCAAUUUCCAAUGGCUGCCAGCUCUCUGCGGCUUCUGCUGCUUUUCCUCCUGGCGGUCCCCCCUGUGAACUGCCUGCCUCUGUUCUACAGCGGCAAACAGUCUUCUGUGUUGCGCUUGAGGAGUCGCUUAGACGGAUACUGCCGCCGGCCCUUCAGGCCACUGCAGCUGAAGUAGUGCCCCCGUUGCUGCCCAGAAGCUGCAGCACCGGCAGCAGCAACGGCAGGUCAAAUACCAGCAUCAACAAAAGCUGCAUGAGUUAUGUUUGUGGCGGGCUAUUACGGGUAUUGUGUAUUCUGACAACAGCUGUAGAAGUUCGUGUUGCUGCAGUGCUGAAGAGCCCCUUGGCUCUGGCUGAGCCGCAGAUGGGCCUGCACGGGAUCCUUGGGGUUCUGGAGGUUUGUCUCGCCACAAUUAAGCCAAGUUUGUUGCAGGUCACAUGCAGCAACAGCAGCAGGCCAAGCAACUGCGGCUGCAAAGAGGCAAUGACUGCGUGGAGGGACUGGCAACAACGUGUGCUGCUGCUGUUGUUGAGUAUUUGUCGUUGCCUCACUUCAGUUGUCGCUGCUGGAGACGAAGAAGACACACCCCAGCUGGCCUUGCCAAACGCAGACACAGAAUCACCAACAGCAGCAUCGGCAACGGACGCAGUAGCCACAACAACAUCAGACGUGAACGAACCUAAACGGCUGCUGGAGGAGACAGUCAACGACCAGGUGCCGCUUGCCGCCAAUUUGGCCAACAGCAGCACAGGCCAGCCACAGAGCCAGCAGACACAGCAGCAACUGCAGCCAGAGCACCACAGACAGAAACAGCUUCAGGUGGAUUGUCGGGGCCACUUGGUGGUAUGCCAAUACAACGGCGAAGAUACAGAAACGCAGCAGCAGCUUCUGGCCUUUUGUUCUUGGAGGGCAGUCAAGGGGGCUACAGAGUGCCUUAUGGCCUUCUGCAAGCUCGCUCGAUUUGAGCAAUCCCCAGGAGUAGCAACAGCGAAGGAAGCUGCAACAGCGGCAAUAAACGCAGGAGCAACAGCAGCAGUAAAACUAGGACACAGCGGGUUUGAAGACGGUUUUCGCGAGGGGCACGGUACGGAGGAUGUGGAGGUGGUGGCGUUGGAAGAACAAAAGCAACAACAGCAGCAGCAACCGUUUCUGCUUCUCAGCGUUGAUGAGGUGGCAGCGCUAGGAUCAGACCUUGUUGAGUUUCUCUUGGCCUGUAGACAUAUGGGGGCCCUCGAGUUUCUGCACGACGCCCUCGCCGCUCUGUGCAUUAAAAUUAACGCUUCGAAGGUUCCUUCGCUGCAGAGGCUCAUCCGCCAAUGGGCAGACGAAGUCCUGUUGCUGCUGUUGCCACAUGCCCGAGCAACCGGAAUGGAACCGCACCAACAGCAGCACCCAGCAACAAUUCUCCUACGUGCCUUUCGGAUGCCGCUAAAUGUCCGCCGAGGAACUAUAGGCCCCCCGCCCCCAGUGCGCAAAAGCAAAAGUCUGGGGGAUGGUGCAAAGGGGGAGCAUUUGGACUUUGGCCUUCUGCUGCACGUUGUCUCUUGUCUCUUGCCGUUGGCUGCCGGCCGCUUGCGGCCUUUCUUUGCAGCUGCCCCAGACGCUCUCGGCGCGCAGGUCCACGCCCUCAACUUGCUGCGGUCUUUUGUUACCUCUUCUCCCGAAGUCGCAGCGUGCGAUGUGCUGUCGGCAGCAGCAGCAGCAGAUGGUGCAGUUCGGUACUCUUGGAGGUGCAACAUCGGCGACUACAGCAGCAUCGACGAUAGCAGCACCGGCGACAACAGCAACAAUAACAGCAGCACCACGAGGUGUCCGCAACCCACGGGGGCGACAGGAAUACUUUUCGAAGGCCGUACUGCUCAAAGUGUGAGCCCGUCGAUCUGCCUUACAGCAGGGGCCCGAGAUGUCGAAAUCUUCAAGGUGUCUGCACACCCCGGGUCUAGCUCCCCAAUGACGCUCUCGGCUGCCGCGCUCGCUAUCUCAAUUCAAACAAUCUCCUCAACAGAUUUUCCUGUGCGCAGCGCAGCAAGUUCUCUUCAGGUUGCCACAACCAAACGCCUGGCGGGCACUGACGACGAAACACAGCGCGCGUCAGUUAACGCCUUUGAGUUUUGCAGCGGAGCUGCUCUUCGAAGCAGCUCGGGUGCUGGGUGCGGGUUACUGUCCAUCGGCUUCUCGUGUUUUGCUGCUCCUUUGCUACGUCCCCACUUGGCACGGGCCCUCAUCCCACUGGUCAGUACAGUCACACAUCAUACGAUGCGCGAGAAUGACGGCGACCAACCGAAGCUCAGCUACUCCCACCACCAUGGCCGGGAACAGCAGCCCCAGCAGCAGGAACUUUACAGGCGGUUGGUAGUUCCACACAGUGCUGCUUUGCUCGUCCGUGGCUUGGCAGAUUACGGGCCUCCCGAUGUUGCUUCGUUGAUCAACAAUUUGCCUGUGGGAUUUCCGCCUUCAACGGAGAGAGCUCAACUGGAGCAGCAACAGCAACACCAGCAGGAUGCAGCAGUCGCUGUGUUGCUACUACUGACCCGCACAGACUUUAGCUCCAUCGCUGCUUCAGACCUCCCUGCCCUUGAGACUCUUCUGGAAAACAGCCCUCCAAACACAAUAUUGGCUCAGCUUGACGAGGUUGCUGCAGCGGGGACUGGCGGGGGCAGCUUUAUUUGCAAAGGCGGCGGCUGUACCGGCAAGGGCUCAAAGGAUGCGCGUGUUCUGGAAGGGUGUGCUGCUGCUCCGGCUACUAUUGGGCAGCAUCUAGUUGCACGCACCCUUGUAGGGGCGAAUCGGGAAGCAACUAAAGACGGAGAGGCCACAGCUUGGCUGUUGCUGAUGUUGCGUGCUUUGUGCUGCUGUUUGGCAGCAGUGUCCUUUGCUUCCCGUGCCCUUGCAGCGCGCGCAUUGGCUUCCUACGUGCUGCAACGCACCCGCAUGUGGGGGGCUGGCAGUCUUUUAGAGGCCCUCACUGUUGCAGUAGCUGUUGCUGUUACUCCAUGCGAGUCAGCUUCCUUCCCUGGCUCACAUGCUGUGGAGGCGGGAAGGCCCGAGUACUCUUCUCCUGCUCCAAGAGGUACUGAUAAUCCUGAUGCACCAGCUGCAGCUGCGGGUCGAAAGCAGCGUCGGGUGGACGCAAACGGACGGAGCGGUUUGCUGCUGUUGGCUUUGGAGCUGCUGAGCCGCCCCGAGACUGCAGGUUUAGUGGAGGAAGGGUUGGCAGCUGAGAAGGGGGCCGAGCUGACUCAGAAGCUUCAGGAAAUGAGUUGGCAGCUGCAGCAAGCAGCAGCAGGGGGACCGUGCCAACGUAACGCCGUGGAAAGGGUGCUGGUGCUCCAGGUGCUACGGGCCGUCGCCCUUGUGGUCCCCGAGAGAUACGAAGUGGAGCUUUGGGGCCGGGUUGCUGCCGCCAGUACAGCAGCGCUUGGGCUUCCGUCCAUCCAGAGUGAAGUCGAUGCAGGGAGAUUAGCAACGAUGGCAACAGCAGCACCUGAGUCAAGAGGACCCAAUUUCACCUUUCACGUGGGUCUUCCGGCCCUCCAAGCGGUCUCGCUACGUCUUCUUGUGGAGAGGCACCUACGAUCCCGACAGCCUGCUGCAGGACGAGCGGCAGUUACUCAUUUGCGGGCUCUGAGAGACGUGGCUGGAAUACUCUCGGAGGCGAUUGCCCUGUCAGUGCAUGUGCAAGCCUUGGAGUCAGCGCUGUUAGCAGUGGCUGACCUGACGCGAGCUCAGUGUAACUUUAAGUAUGAGAGUCUAGAGUUUGCACAGGGGCUUAAUGAGAACUUUACGUGUAGAUAUGCGAGUUCAGAUUAUUCCCAUGAGAAUUUGGAACAGAAUGCGGCCAUUGACGCAUUGCCUCCAGUAGAGGAGACAGCUGCUGGCCUCACGACUCUAUGGAAGCUGUGUUGGAGCCUGUUGGCCGACCACCACGGGAUUGGGGCCAGGGUCGGGAUCACAUCCACGAAGGCAGUGUCGGUAGUAGAAGACCCUGCAGGCUUGCUGUGGGGCCUACCCUACGGCGCUGCUCCUUUGCGGGUGGCCGCCUGCGAGGCACUGGCUGCCAUUGCCAGUUUUGCUGCAGCGCAUCCUCGGCUCUGCCAGAAUUCCUGCGUUUUGCACCCGCAGGAAGCAGCAGCAGCUGCUGCUGCUGCAGCUGCGCCGGCUGCGGCGGCUGCCGUUACAAGCAAUGGAGCUGCGAACGCCUGGACGAGGCUGGGAGCUGCAUUGCUUAGAUGCUUAGCUACUGCAGUCGCCAGCAGCAGCAGCAGUAGUAAGGGGACGAGGUGCAGCAGCAGCAGCAACAACAACAACAACAACGAGAUGCGCAGCACUUUUAUUUGUUUCGAAACACCGCAGAACCAGUGGGCGUCCCUGUGGGCUUCCGCAAUGCUGCGGUGCGCUCAGCCAACGCAAGAAGUCGCCGUUAGGCUGAGGACAGCAGAGGUUAGCAAGCGCCCGCCAAUGUAUUGCACUAUUGAGUCUUUGCCUCAGGCCUUAAGCAUCUCCGGGUUGCCUCUACCGUGCCCGGAAGGGCUCGGCUCCGGCUCCGGCUGCGGCUGCUCCUGGGCGAAGCUGCGAGCCUGGAGGGCGCUGCUACUGCUGUUGCAGGAUGAAGACGUCACCGUACGCGAUGAAGCAACCGCAGCAGCAUCUGCUGCUGCUGCUGGGCUGCUGUACCGCCUCCCGUCGGCAGCAGAAAGACCCCCAGCAGCAGGCCAGCCAGCAGCUGCAGAAGCUUAUGGGGAAGGCAACGACCAUAACGAAGAGCUUCGGGUGCUGCUGACUGCAGCAGCAACUCCGAUCCUCAGCGACGAGCCUCACGGGCUCGAGGCAGGCUCUCUCUUUCAGCUGCUGCUGCAGAUCCUGUCCAGAAUUUUCCCUGAGAGAGAAGUUUGCCGGCUGCUGUGGAGACAGCUGCGUCGUGGAGGCAGCAUCAAUCGCAGCAGCAGAAGGAGCAGCCAUAACGAUGCCUUGAUGGAGUUCAGAGAAAAAGCGGGACCCCGUCCGGAGCAGCAGCAACAAGAAAAAAUGGUUCCUGCUGCGACCGAAAGAGUUUUUGAAGAAGUGCCAAUGAACAUGUACGGAGACCCAUUGCUCUCGAUGCAAGUAGCAGCCCGUCUUCUGGUGAUGGUGAUGCUGCAGCAGCAACAGCAAGAGCAACGAAGACAGCUUCAGGGGACCUCGCAGAUAGGAAGCUUGGCAACGGUAGAGCCCGAUACGACAGCGCAGAUGAAGACAAGCGGAGGGACUGAGACAAAGAGGGAUCGAGCACAGGAGACAAAUAUAGGGGGAGCAUUGGCUGCAGUGCGGCGUGCUGUGGUGAGGACAAGUGUCGCCGCAAUUCAUAGCAAAGGAGCCGCUGUAGCUGCGCUGCAAGACUUGAGUGGAGGAGCACAAACGAGGUGCUGGCGCUCCGGCAGCAACAGCAACAGCAACAGCUCCUGGAACGCGCUGUUAGCACCAGCAACAUCAACACUAACGGCAGCAACAACAGCACCAGCGGCAGCAGCUGUGUUAGCAACUCAAGAAUCGCCGGUAACGGCAUCUGCGGCAGCGCCUCCCACAGCAAAAACAGCAGCAGCAACAACGGUACCAACUCCAAUGCCAGAAGCAACACUCAAGAGCUCGCGCACGAGUGCUAAGACUGUCUGGUUGAGGCGAGCGAUCAAGGCGGCGGCAGCAGACAUGCAAGCACUGCAAGAGAUGCUGAGUAGCGCCGAGCAGGGUGCUGUUACAGAGGCACAGCCCGGGUACCGCGUUGCUACAGCUGGGAGCACGGCUGAUACUCAUUGGCUGCUACACCCAACCCAGCAGCAGCUGUAUCUACAGGCUCAGCAGGUGCUUCUGAGCGCCUGGGUGUCCGUGGUGUUAUGGCUGGACUAUGGGUUUUCAUUAGAUGAUACAAAUGUAAGGCGCCUGAGUACAGCAACGGAGACGCUCGUUAUGCAGUUUGCUGCUGCUACCGCAGCUGGUCAACACCCGCACCCUCUUGUGGUGGCUGCUACUCAAGGCCUGCACGACAUCCUCUACUGCGCGGCAGCAGCAACAGCAGCGAAUGCAGCAGCACCGGACGCAGCAGCAGCACAUGGAGCAGUAACUGACACAGUGAAGAACUGCGGCGACGUAGACAAGGAGAUAUCUGCUGUUGCUCCAGCGCAGUCGAGGGAGGAAGUGAAUGCUUUUAUAGAAAUAGCGCACAACAAAGGAGACACAGCUUUAGCGGCAAGGAGCGCACAGGCUGCCGGGUUGUUGGCAGGUUGCUGUCUCUCUUUGCUUCCGGAUUCUUUCAUGCUCAGUUGCUAG